GCGGAGAGAUGUUGUUGCUAUCCCACGGUUGCUCUCCAUAUUCAUCCCACUAUCUCGGCUGCAAAAAAUUUCCUAUUCGCUUCACGCAUGCAGCAAAAAUUUUCUAUCGUACCGGCGAUGAUUUCUCAUUCGAAAAACACAGUGGGGAGGUCAUCCUCUCUCGCACCCAAGUCUUCGCGCAGGGGAAAACGAAAGCAAAACAGCGAUAUCUGAAACGGAAGAAAGAACGUAGGAAACACAAGAAAGUGCAACCCAAGCAUGGUGAGGGAACCGCAAGAAACGAGAUCGAAGAAGACGAAGAGAGUGAUUUGAAUGAGGAUGUUGAGGAUAAGGUCGAUGUAAUGGAGGUUGAUGAAGAUCAUACCGAACUCCCGAUGUCGAUCGAAAAACCUUCCAAAGAACCAAGGCUCGAAAAGCGGCUCAAGAAACGCCGUAAACUUAAAAUUUCUCCAGAAGAGAGUGCCGGGCAGUCCAUUGAAAAGGACGAGGGAGGAGCUGCGCAACACGAAGAAACAGAGUACGAAGUCCCAGAGGCCUCUGCCCCAAGUCGAUCACUAUCUCCAGCAGCAGCCCUACCGUCGUUCCCACUCCCAUCCCUACCCGAUGCACCCACGCAGUCUGCCUUAGCUCUUCAAGGUUUGGACCAGGCUCUCAUGGACGCAGAGGUUGUAGACCCAAGCAUCGUUCUACCGAUCUCCCGGCAAGGAGGCACGGCAACGGGUUUGAGUGAAAAGAUGCAGAAAACGCUACAAGAGCUGGGAAUAACCGAGUUAUUUGCCGUUCAGACUGCCUUACUGCCUUUCCUCCUACCCAGCGACCCAUGGCAGAAGUCGCUUUAUCAACCCUAUAAUCCACCCCGGGAUGUGUGCGUUUCAGCACCCACUGGAAGCGGGAAAACACUUGCCUAUGCUGUUCCCAUCGUGGAGAUCCUAAGCAGCCGGAUAGUCACUCGUUUACGCGCCCUGGUCGUUUUGCCCACUCGGGACUUAGUUGCUCAGGUCCGAGAGACAUUUGAAGCCAUCAGCAAAGGACGAGGAUUGAAGAUUGGAAUCGCAACAGGACAACACUCCUUUACCCACGAGCAAUCACAUCUUGUCGCCGAUAGAACGUCAAGCCUGCUAGGUGGUUCCAGCAAGGUCGACAUACUUAUUUGCACUCCGGGAAGACUCAUUGACCAUCUCACGGGAACCCCCAAUUUCUCGUUGCAACACCUAAGGUUUUUGGUUAUCGACGAGGCCGAUCGUCUACUUGCGCAAUCAUACCAAGAUUGGCUAAUUCAAAUUUUGGCAGCCACCCGCCCACCCAAACCGAGUGCCCACUACCUUCUAGAAGACCUGGUCAAAGACGCAAACUCCUUGUGGGAAAAGGCCCAAUCGAGGUCGCGUGCAAGGCAUGAUGCUCUCAAUCCUGCUUUCCUGCACCUUCUCCCUUAUCCUGACUGUCCCUCUUUCCUACCCGAAAAAAAGGAGAUUUCUUGUCAGAAACUCUUGUUCUCUGCAACCCUUACUCGCGACCCUGCUAAACUCGCUUCGCUGGAGCUCAGGGAUCCGAAGUAUUUUGUCGUACAUCGUACUCCUGAGAAGGGAGAUGUUCUCGACAACAGCGUACUUGACGUGGUUACUGAGAGAUUUACAUUCCCGGAAACCUUGAAGGAACAUAUGAUCGUGUGCGAAACCGCGAAGAAACCACUGAUUCUUUUACACCUUAUCCACCAACACCACAUUGCCAAUGCCCUCAUCUUCACCAAGUCCGCUGAAUCCACCGCGAGACUUGUGCAAUUAUUCGAUUUCUUCGAGCAAGCACGGACCAGCACUGGCGGUGGCGCCAAUAACAGACCGCGAAUCUCUGUUCGGGCUUACUCCAGCGAUCUCGGUGCCGCUGAGCGUAAAUCAAUACUUGGUAAUUUCAAAGACCAGGAAAUCGAGAUGUGCGUGCCUCUGUUCUGGAAAGUGAUUCCCCUCAUCGGCCGCACUGCUUAGAUUGAUUUGCUCCGAUUUGAUAUCUCGAGGAAUUGAUAUCAGUCACGUAGCACAUAUUAUCAGCUAUGAUGCGCCAAUUGACAUGCGGAAAUACGUUCACCGGGUUGGAAGAACGGCAAGAGCUGGCAAGAACGGUGAAGCAUGGACACUGGUGGAAGAACAAGAGGCACGAUACUUCAAAACCAUGGUGAAAAACGCGAGUCACCUCGAAAAGGUCAAGAGAGAGCGGGUGAGAGAGCAGGACCUUGCUGCCUUUCUACCCCAUUAUGAAAGUGCGUUGACGCAGCUGAAAGAAGUAUACUCACGACAGUGAAAAAAGUAGAGUAUUGUU